AUGGAAAAUUUUAAUAUUGGUGGUGUAAAUGUUAUUACUAAUAUAAAAGUAGAAGAUGAUUAUAUUGAUAAUAAAAAUAAUGUUAUUAACGUAGAAAAUGAAGAUAAAUAUUCUUAUGUAAAUUUUGAAGAUGAUACAAAUAAAGAAAUUUUUGAAAUGAGAGAAUUAUCUUCUUACGAGUUAGAGUGUUCAGGAUUUCAUGAUGUGAUGACCUAA